AUGAAUCAGGAAGAGACGGAAACUGUGUUCACAAAAACUGUGAGAUUCCGAUGUGACUUCCCGGAUUGUAAGGAUGCUCGUGAUAAGCGGGAUUAUAGUGCGACCACAAUGGAAGAGCACAUGGCGAAUCACUUUAUAUCUUUGCAACCCAGUUUAAAACAAUAUAUUCAUCAGUAUCCUUGUUCAUGUGGUCAAGUUUUUGCUACCCAGUAUCAUUUUACAGUGCAUUUAUAUCAAUUCAGACUUCAACAUCAUCGGGCUGCGCAUGUGAAAGCGCAGUGGAAUAACCAGAAGUUUUUGGAUGCUCAAGCUCAAUUUCAUUCUCGUUUUUAUCCGCUCUAUGUCGCGUAUAAACCUUUCCCCAAACGAUUGAAGUUAUAUCCGGGGUACCCAAUACCUGAUCGUGUUGUUAACAACGACGACAAUGACGACUAUGAUAGAUCGAGACGAUCAGCAACUCCAGGAUGCAAUACGCCUGGUUCGUUCAAUAUGUCCAGAAAUGCUUCUCCAUCUCCAUCGAGAGGUGGAGGUUCUAGAGCACAAUCGCCAUACAAUGGCCGAGGUUUCACACCUUCAGUUCAAAGAAGUGGAGAAAGAUGGAAUAGCGAUUUUCAUGCGCUGGAUAUACGAGGUUUGGAAACUCCAGCAAAAGAUACAUCAACGAACUCUCAUGACGGGAGGGACGCAAGAAGUUCAAGAAACCUGAUGGAUUCAAGCAAUGAGAGAAGUUCAUACAAUACAAGAGAUUCGAGCAGUGCAAGGGAUUCCAGACGGAGCAGACAUUCUGAAUAUCAGGAAAACCGUCACGAAUCAACUCGUCGUUCGCCUCGAAAAAAACCUCCGCCUCAGGAAAGUACGUAUACACCGCAACCAGUACCACCGCCAAUACUUCCAUCAAUUAUUCCACCGCCAACACUUCUGCCAUCACUACCUACUAAUGAUCCACCGACGCCUGUCCAACAAGAAUUCUCCAAACCUUUUGAUGAAGAUGAGUUUUUGCGAGCUUUUCAACGUCGUUUCCCCUGUACAAAUAUCAAAUCAUCCCCGCUUCCAAUUCUUGAUACAAAGCCAAAAAUCAAAAUUACCCUCAAACACAAUUCAAACGAAAUUCAUCCACAAAAUAGCCAAAAAGAAAGUCCUGAUGCUUCAAAACCGAUAAAGAACAAGUUCACCACACCUCCCUCAUCAUCGUUCCUCUCUAAAAUUAAUACAAAGAAGAGAAAAGCUCCGACACCUCCUGAUGAUAAUCAAGAUAAGCUGAGACCGGAAAACAGUUCAGCUAUUUCUAUUUCUUGUCCACCGAGUUUGGAAACCUCGAUUGGAAUAUCUGGGCAAUGGAAGAACAAUUCGCAAUCCAUUGAUCAGCUCUCGGAAAAGCCACACAUAAACCUUAAUUAUGGACAAGAUACGACAGAGGAUUUAGAUUCCAAUAAAAUGUUCCAAAGUGAUGAAGACCAACAAGAAAUACUAUUGAGGCAAAACUCCCGAUCCUCAUAUAUGCCAUUGAGAUCAAAUACACAAAGGCAUUCCGUUCCAUCAGCUAAUCUAACUGCGGAUGAUGAGGAUAAAAUUUCUAACUUCAGACCAAAAAGUGGGCGACCUGAAAAGCCUAAAAUGGUUGCCAAUCCGCCGUUCAUGGAUGUUGUUCCAAACCAAGGCUCCCGAGACAGAAGAAGUCGGAGUCGAAGUGCAACUCCAUCGCGCCGUUCGCGAUCCCGUUCAGUCUCUCGUGGUCCAUCACAACGAAAAUCGCCGGUUCAUUUGAGUGCUAGUGAUAGAAGACAAUCUCGUUCGUUUGCUCGGCAUUCUCUAAGGAACAAGUGA